GGUCGCUGGGUGUAGAAUUUUAUGUUCAGUUACAAUUUUCACAUCAUAGCGUAAAGAUCGUCGGGUCGUGGCUUUUUUGCGCGAGCUAUCUUAACAACAAAAUUUUCGGUCGGGUAAAAUUUUUAAUGGAAGGAGAAGCUCCGAACAAACGCAAAAGGGGAUUGUUUUUUGUUCUUUCAAAAACUGUGUGUGUUAGGGGUUAAACAAUAUAUUUAUUUCAACAUUUCCAAAGCAACAACAAACGGAUUUAAUCCACAGCUAGAAGAAAAGAAGAAGAAGCAAAGAAAAUCACACCUUUAAGGAUUACCAAAAAAUAAAAUCGCGCCAAAUUUCAAUAAUUUAUUUUUGGAUAAAAAUAUUUUAAAUAAAACAAUCCAAAGAACACCAAACAAACACCAUUAAACACUAAAAAUGUAUUAACAAACUGUGUUUUAAAUUAUUUAAAAAUUUUAAAAAAAAAUAGUUAUUUUAUAACUAUAAUUUGUUGUUAGUAAGAGAAAAAGAGUGUGUUGCAAAAAUUAACAACAAAUAAAAAAAAAAUAUCUCUUCCGGAGAACAACACAUCACCCAGUUCAACUUAAAGUCUCAUCUUAAUUAUUCUACAACACUAACAACAACAAAAUGGGUCUCACCGAAAUGCCAGCUGGUUAUAUGACACAAAACACUGUCAGCGUCAGCAGCAGUGCUGGUGGUGGUCAUCAUGGUGUUAUGGUCAUGGAACAUCAUACCCAUCAUCCUCAUCACCAUUCCCAGCAUCAUUUGCAACAGCUACACCAGCAGCACAUACCAACCCAACAGCAUCUGGAUGCUGUCCACCAACAUCAGCAGCAGCAUCAUCUUCAGCUCGAAAAGGAUAAAAUGAAUAGUAAAAAGAAAAUGCAUUUGCUGAAGAAAAUCAAAAAACGCUUCGGAUUAGUUCGUCGCUCGCCCUCAUCUUGCCCUGGACCAAACAACUUGCCACCACUGCAGUUUCAUCAUGUACAUGGUGAUAACAUUAGAAUAUCACGAGAUGGCACAAUUGCACGUCGUUUUGAAAGUUUCUGUCGGGCCAUUACAUUUUCGGCCCGACCAGUGCGCAUCAACGAAAGGAUUUGCGUGAAGUUCUGUGAAAUCUCAAAUAAUUGGAAUGGUGGUAUCCGUUUUGGUUUCACCAGCAAUGAUCCGGCCACAUUGGAGGGUACAUUGCCCAAAUAUGCCUGCCCUGAUCUAACGAAUCGUCCUGGCUUCUGGGCCAAAGCUUUACAUGAACAAUACUGUGAAAAGGAUAAUGUCCUCUAUUACUAUGUCAAUUCUGCCGGUGAUGUUAUCUAUGGUAUUAAUAACGAGGAGAAGGGUGUCAUCUUGUCGGGCAUUGAUACACGUGGUUGUUUGUGGACUCUCAUCGAUAUCUAUGGCAAUUGUACGGGCAUUGAGUUUUUGGAUGCCCGUGUUUAUAUGUAUCAACAAAGUGGCGGUGUGGGCUUACCUCCGUCUGUUUUGGCGGCCGGUAUGACAGGUACCUUGCCGGCUGGCUCCCAAAUGAGCGGCCUAAAUCCCCAUCAUCCCAAUCAGCAAUCAAGAAGAUCUCUACCCUCUACAACUGGCUAUGACCAUGAACUGGAACGUAGCCUUAUGCCCUCAAUGCAAUCGUUAAAUAUAACCGGUGACCAGGUGGCCAUUGCCUCGGAUUUGGCCAAUGGUUUGCCACCGCUACGUUAUAAUGGCUCUGGUCGCCUUAUCCCUGUACCCUUCCACAUCACCAAAGGCCGUAAUGUACGUUUGUCACAUGAUCGUUUUAUUGCCUCACGGACAGAAAAUGAUUUCUGUCAAGGAUAUGUUUUCACUGCCCGUCCCAUCAGAAUAGGAGAAAAGAUAAUUGUACAGAUCUUGAAGACCGAACAAAUGUAUGUGGGUGCCUUGGCUUUGGGUUUGACAUCGUGCAAUCCUGCCGCAUUGCAACCAGGCGAUUUACCCAAUGAUUCCGAUUUCCUUUUGGAUCGUCCAGAAUAUUGGGUGGUGAGCAAGGAUAUUGCAGCUGCCCCACAGCGGGGAGAUGAGAUUGCAUUCUUUGUUGCGCCCAAUGGUGAGGUUACCAUUAGCAAAAACAAUGGCCCAGCUGUGGUGGUGAUGCAUGUCGAUCAAUCGCUGCAAUUGUGGGCCUUCCUCGAUGUCUAUGGCUCAACCCAGUCGGUGCGUAUGUUCCGCCAACAGCUGCCAAAUAUGGUGAAUUAUCCACCAAAUGCAAUAGCGGGUUCCUCGCAACGCAUAGUCAAUAUACCCGUAUCGGAAUCAAUGAAUAGUCUGAAUAGUCAAAUAUCGGAAAAUCGCAAAAUUAUUCAUCCCUCCCAGCUAAAUGUAACACAUGGCACAAUCAGUGCUUCAACCUCAACACUGGCCUCCAUGCAAUCGACAAAUAAUUUGGCCGGCGGUGGUCAAACCUCAGGUAUAUUGAAUGGCACCUGUUCGCCACCCAGUGCAACGACGGGACGUAUGAUUAGCAUGCCCUCAAAUGGUGAAAUGAUACAAAUUCAACCCACCAAUGGUGGUGGUACUGUACUGGUUGUGAAUUUGCCCCCUGCCACAUCAGCUUUGGAUUUGAAUGGUCUGGCGACGUCGCAGGCAAGGUUAGCAGCCACAACAAAUAAUGGUGGUGGUGGUGCGAAUAAUUCAGCCACUUGUUCAAGUGGGGCAAGCAGUAAUUCAAAUGUAAAUACACUUGUGGGAAAUAUCAAUAAUGGACAAUUUAUUGAGACUAACACUGCCUCUUCACUAAAUGUGGCUGCUGCCACAAACAACAAAUGGUCCAAGGAUACCGUGGACAACUCAGAUUCAGCUGGUGCUGAAUGUACAAUCUGCUAUGAAAAUCAAAUUGAUUCGGUACUCUAUAGUUGUGGCCACAUGUGCAUGUGCUAUGACUGUGCCAUCGAACAAUGGCGUGGAGUUGGCGGUGGCCAAUGUCCAUUGUGUCGGGCUGUUAUACGUGAUGUUAUACGUACUUAUACUACAUAAAAUAAGAAGUUUGGAUAGAUAAAAGAAAUUAACUAUUCUGGAUAAAGCUUAUGAAUGCAAAGAAAAGCAAAAAUCAUUUCUUGCGAAAAUGCAACAACAACAAAUCCCACUAUUAUAAUACUAUGUAGAUCCUAUGGAACCCCCUGACAUUAAAUAAAAAAAAAAACAUGAACAUAAAAAAUGAAAAACUCGCAAAUAUAAUGGAAUUUUUAAAAAAAUGAAACAAAAAAACAAAUGUUGUUUAAGUUAGAAUAGAAUUAUAAAAAAAGUAAAACGAAUUGUUAUUGCUGCAAAAACUUGAAUAUGAUGGUAAACAAAAGACAAAAUGUAAUGGAUUUUAAAAAAUUAAAAAAAAAAAAAAUUAUGGUAUUAAUUAUAUAUAUGAGUUUUAGGUUUCUCUUUAUACUAAGUAUUAUGUGAUUUAUUUUUUAUAUAAUGAUAAUUGUAUUAUAGAAUUUAAACAAUAAAAACAAGAAAAUGCCAAUAUAUUGUCAAAAAAAAACAAUUAUGCUAUUUUAUAAAAUUAGAACAACAAAAAAGCAAAAAGUUGAAUGCUAAAGAAAUGCCUUUUAGAAGUUAUUUGGUUGAAUUAAUUAAAAACAGAAAAAAAGAAAUUGUAAAAUUAUGAUAUUUUCAGGUUAGGUUUUCCUUUUUUGAUAAUAAGUUGCCUAUUUUUUAAUUUAUUGUAUACAACAAGAAAUCCGCAAGCAAUUGUAAACAUAAAUGGCUCAAUUAUGAUUAAUUUUUUUUUAACAAUUUUAUACAAACAAAGCUAAAUCCAAAUUUUGUUUUUUAAAUUUUAAGUUUUUUAUAAAUUUUUUUCUUCUUUAACUCACAUAAAACCAAAGUAUUUGUUGGAUUUCUAAUAUUUCAAAUCAAAAUCAAUGCCAAUUGUGGAUGUUGCAAUUUCGAUGUUUACUUUUCUUUUCAUUUUCGGAACACUUUUUUCUAUUUUAAUUAAAGGUUUUAUCUCUUGCGACAACAUAGUUUCUUCACUAUUGGCUAUAAUAAUAUUUUAAAAUAAAUUUCUCAAAUAAUUUGUUUAUUAAUGCAAUGAAAUGUUAAAACUCAUGAUUGACAAGAUUUCUUUUAUGCCUAAUUUGAUAUGUGGCCUGGUGACUUUAUUAUUUUGCAUUUAAGUGUACGGUUGAUUUACUUUCAUUGUCCAGGUUAUGAUCUCUCUCUCCCUCUCUUUGUAAUAAAGGGGUAGAGAAGAUACCGUAAUUCCCACUUUGUUUAUUAAUGUAAUAAAAUUGUAAUAAAAUUAAUUAAAAAGAAACUAAAAAAUUAAUUUUAUUAUAUAUUUUAAGGGAAAUUAUUUAUGAAAUAAAUCAACCUUCCACACAAACAAAACGAACGACUUUCCACAUCUAAGCACUGCUGUCUCAAUUAAAGCCUGCCUUUAUAACUAUGAUUUUCAUAGCUCAACUACUUUUGUUUUUAAAAUGAAUUAUUUUUAAAUUUCUUUAUUAAGUAGUUGAGUCUCAGUAAAAAAAUCCUUACAUCCAACAAAUGAAAAAUACAAAAAUCAAAUCAUGACACCAAUUAAUUACAUCCCAAAUAAAAACAAUAUCACAUCAAAUAAUGCUCAAUGAUUAUUUUUAAUCAAAGAUUAACCCAAAUCAAUUACAAAUAAUUUAUUACAUAAACAUAUUUAUUGAUUAAUAUUAUUACCACAAUAUCAUCAUCACACAGCCUGCACAUUUACACACACAAAAUAAUAAUAAUAAUUAUUUUUUCAUAAUUUUAUUUUUUAGUUUAUUUUUUUUAUGAUAAUAAUAAUAAUGAUGAAACAAAAUCACACCAAUUAUAUUUAAACACACAACACAAUAAGUCUGUAAUGUUUAUUUUUUAUUCAUUUAUUAUUAUUUUUAAUUAUGAGAUUAUGUCUUAAAUUUAAUUAUUAUUAUUUUUUAUGACUUAUUCUUUGUAUUGUAUUUUAUUUCUAGUCACGUCUUACAAUAACUACUUUACUUUAUAUAUAUAUAUAAAUGCAUAAAUAUAUAUAUAUAAAAAUAUGGAAAAGCAAAAUGAAAAAUCAAAUAAAAAACGAACUCUAAACUAUUUUCAUACAAAAGACAAAAA